CAAGUACUAUAAACUAAUAGACUUGUCCAUUAGUGUUAAGGAAUUUCACCAAUUAAAGAUUCCCACUAACCCUUUCAUCACUACCAUGACUCUAUAUAUUGAAUUUUUUUAUAGAUCACAUCUCCCUUAAAUUAUAUGCAAAUUCACUUCAAGAUUCCUCAAAGUUGAAAUUCCUCAUCACUCUCCCCCUUUCUUUACCUUACAUGGCUUCUUUAACAUUUAGAACCAUUGCAAGUAAUUCUUUUCCUUCAGGUUUAGCAGACUUUGGAGUGUCGGGAGUUCACACAAAAGGCAGUCUCACCGUCGCAUCGAAAAAAUGGUGUAACCGAGGUGUGAAAGUUACUAAUGUUGCGACUAGAUCGCCUCCUCCGUCUACAUCUCUAGCUCCAGAUAUUGAAUCUACUGAUGAAGAUGAACAUAAGUCAGUAGCAUGGACUAGUAUUCGACAAGAACGUUGGGAAGGGGAGCUUGCUGUGGAUGGCGAAAUCCCGUUAUGGCUGAGUGGUACAUACCUGAGGAAUGGACCAGGACUAUGGGACAUAGAGGAUUACAAAUUCCGGCACCUUUUCGACGGCUAUGCCACUCUUGUACGCCUCCACUUUGAAGAUGGCAGAUUAAUAGCAGGUCACCGUCACGUGGAAUCUGAAGCAUAUAAAUCCGCACAAACGAACAAGAAAAUAUGCUACCGUGAAUUUUCUGAAGUACCGAAACAAGAAAGCUUCUUGUCAUACGUAGGAGAGCUUGCUGGACUUUUCUCUGGAGCAUCACUGACGGAUAACGCCAACACAGGUGUGAUCAAACUAGGAGAUGGCCGAGUUGUAUGUUUGACGGAGACGAUCAAAGGAUCGAUUGUGGUCGAUCCUGAUACAUUGGAUACCAUCGGGAAAUUCGAAUACACAGAUUCCUGGAACGGGUUAAUUCAUUCGGCUCAUCCUAUCGUGACCGAUACAGAAUUUUUAACUCUACUGCCUGAUUUGAUCAGGCCGGGAUAUGUAGUUGUUAGAAUGGAACCGGAUUCAAAUGAAAGGAAAGUAAUCGGUAGAGUUGAGUGUUCCGGUGGGCCAGCACCGGGAUGGGUCCAUUCUUUUCCGGUGACUGAACAUUAUAUCAUUGUUCCGGAAAUGCCUUUGAGGUAUAGCGCCGGGAAUUUACUAAAAGCUGAGCCAACUCCACUCUACAAGUUUCAUUGGUAUCCUGAUUCUAAAGCCUUUAUGCAUGUUAUGUGUAAAGCUAGUGGAAAAAUUGUGGCAAGUGUGGAGGUUCCUUUGUUUGUGACAUUUCAUUUCAUAAAUGCUUAUGAAGAGAAAGAUGAAGACGGAAGGGUCACGUCGGUUAUUGCAGAUUGUUGUGAACAUAAUGCGGAUACGUCUAUUCUUGAUAAGCUAAAACUAGAAAACCUUCGAACACAUUCCACUGAAGAUGUCUUGCCAGAUGCCAGGGUUGGAAGGUUUAUAAUUCCUCUAGAUGGAAGCCCAAAGGGAGAGCUAGUGGCAGCCUUGGACCCUAACCAACAUGGAAAAGGGAUGGAUAUGUGCAGCAUCAAUCCAUUAUACUUGGGAAGGAAAUACAGAUAUGCUUAUGCUUGUGGAGCUCAACGUCCAUGCAAUUUCCCCAAUACUCUCACCAAGAUCGAUUUAUUCACGGGUACCGCAAAGAAUUGGCACGAGGAAGGUGCUGUACCAUCAGAGCCUUUCUUUGUCGCUAGACCAGGUGCUAUCGAAGAAGAUGACGGUGUUGUGAUUUCAAUAAUAAGUGAUAAAAAUGGGGAAGGAUAUGCAUUAGUAUUGGAUGGGACUACGUUCCAAGAGAUCGCGAGAGCAAGUUUUCCAUAUGGUCUUCCAUACGGGUUACAUGGAUGUUGGGUUCCAAAGAUAAAUGUAUAAGUAACGAACUGGUGUAUGUGUGUGUAUAAUUUAGAACUAAGUGAUGGUUAGCGGUGGAAAAAUGCUAGUGAUGGUUAAGGAUGUUUUUGCGCGUACUUCCUCGAAUAGAAGAAGAUUAUAUAGCUAUCUUUGAUUGAGAAUACCAUAUAUUUUACACAGUUGUACAUAAGACAUUGAUGUAAUUAUGCAUUAAUUUAGUAAAACAAGUAUUUGGGUUGCA